AUGGCGUCCUCAUCCCAAAAGCAUAGAUCGAUGAUACCCAGCUCCCAGAGGGGAUCAACUAGUGCAAGACAAGAAAAAAACUUUGAUGAAGAAGAAGAGCCUAAGAGGCUUGACAGGUUCCAGGUUGAAGAACAUGUCCAGCUUCUACAAUCUUUGGAUGAAAAAUUGAGAGGGGAUUUGGCCCACCACCUCCUUAUGACCUUCCAUACCAAUAAACACUACCAGCAACAUCCAAAGAUUUCUCCAGCUGGUCCAGAUAUUACAAGCACACAGGAAGAUAGUGAUAUUGAGGAUGUCGCUCCGGUUUUAAAUGAGGAUAGCGGCAAGGUAGUUAAACCGACGACUCUUCUACGACGGUGGCGGGCUUGGCCACUGCCUCUAGAGCAGACCCCACGGCCAGAGCCAGGAUAUAUAUCCUCUGGCUCUCUUCAGGACUCUUUACUUGCAACGAUGCUACGUUAUGCGUCAGCGCAAAUGAGGCUGAGUCAAAGUCUAGCUGAAUUUUCAGCUGACGAUACCGUCUCUGAAACUCUCUGCAGACCAGCAAUCGAGCGUAUCGUGGCGUCUUUUGAUCGGAUACUCGCUGGCAUCUAUCGGAGUCGAGAAGGUUAUGCUGCCGAUCAAACGAUCCAGAAUCUAAAUUCAUUGCUACGUAGGAGGAAAAAAAGGCAUCGCACAUCCUGCGAGCCCCUGCAUGCAGAUGACAUGGUCAUCAAGAAACAGAAAACAGACACCAUGGGACGAACGACAUCUCAAGUCUACCGACAGGGGUCUCAGCGACUUUUGUCCGCAACAGAUGUGUUCCAACAUGCUUUGGUUCAAUCUUUCCCACGUGGGGUGCUGGAGAGAGCGAGUGAAAGAUUGGGACGUUUACUGAAACUGCCUCGAAAUGCGGAUCACGCCAGCUUUAUCACGCUCGUUGAAGCGAAGCAACAGUUGCCCCAGCCUGGCUCUUUGGACGAUGUAUCCACCGUUGACGUAGACGGAAUGGGAUUUUUAACCCCCAUGUUCCUUGGAACCGACACGGAGCGAGUGCACAUGGGGGGCAAAUAUAUUACUCGGACAAUGUGGGAGACUUGGGAUGAACGUAAAACUCAGGUCGCCGAGGAAGGCUGUUUUGGUCGUAACGGGUUUCUGGAAGAGAUACAAGGGCAGGGGAGGACCAAGGAGAACCGUCGACGAAUGCGCAAAGAAAAGGUUCUUCAGGAGCUGGAGGCUCAUGUUGCUUGA